AAUUUUUCGCGAAUUAAAUUAUUAAGUAAGUAACUAUUAAGCAAAUAGAUAACUGUUAUCAUUCUCGAUUAAAGCACGUUUAUCUAUAUUCAGUUAUAUGUUGUCUCUUAAAAAAAAUCUCUUAAAAAGACAUAAAAUAAUGAAUAUUAAUUAAAGCUGAUGAACUGAUUAACUUCACUUUUUGUAAAUUUCUUAAUUUUAAUAAUCAAAGCCUGGUUUAUGAUUAUAAUUAUUUUCUGUUUUUUUUAUUUUGUGGAGUUAAUCAGAGUUUGGUUUUUGAGAAACUCAAUUGUUUCUCCAUCUUAUCAGAGAAAAAUUGCUUCUGUCUCGGCUGAGAGUGAUAAAAGUAAUCUAGCAUAUAUCCAUGUAUUACAAAAUGUACAUACCACGAUCGUGCUCCAUUAACUACGAAAUAGAUUGCCGAUAUAGCACUUUCGCUGAAAGUGUUAUAACGAAGAUUCCUCGUGUUCUGUGAAGCUUAAACAGCUAACAACUGCGCAAUCAUGAAAAUCGCCGUGAUCGGCGCCGGAGCCGCGGGACUCGCUGCACUCAGGCACUGCAUUUCCGGUACUUACAACGAUCAAGUGGUGUGCUACGAAAAAACAGAUCAAAUCGGCGGAACUUGGGUCUAUCGAGAAGAAACUGGUUCUGAUAAAUAUGGUUUAUCGAUUCACACUAGCAUGUACAAAAGCCUCAGGACUAAUCUUCCGAAGGAGGUAAUGGGCUAUCCUGAUUUUCCGAUACCGGAAGGUGCCGCAAGCUAUCUAUCGCGCACGGAGAUACUCGAUUUCUUGAACUCGUACUGUGAUCACUUUGCGUUACGUCCUUACAUUCGGCUGUUGCAUCAUGUAGAGUUGGUGGAGCCGGCUGUGGGGGACCGGAAGUGGUCGAUCAAGGUCAGGGACUUGCAGAGGGACAUAGUCAGGAUCGAAUCUUUCGAUGCGAUCAUGGUGUGUAACGGUCAUUAUUUUGAGCCUAGGAUCCCGAAUAUACCCGGCCAAAACAUCUUCAUUGGCAAACAGAUACACAGCCAUGAUUAUAGGGUUCCCGAGAUUUUCGACGGCAAGACCGUUGUCGUCAUGGGGGCUGGUCCUUCCGGUAUGGAUUUGGCGUUGGAAAUAUCCAAGAAUGCGAAUCGUGUGCUUCUGAGUCAUCACAUGACUGACACAAUAGCCACUGUGUUCCCUGAGAAUAUCGUGCAGAAAGCUGACGUGGUGGAACUGACGGAGCGCGAGGCAGUUUUUGCGAAUGGGACGAAGGAGCAGAUCGAUGUUGUUUUCUAUUGUACAGGCUACAAGUACAGUUUCCCCUUUCUCGCCGAGUCUUGUGGAGUCCGAGUUGACUCCAAUAUGGUCACGCCUCUUUGGAAGCAUCUGGUCUCUAUAGAGAAUACAACCCUGGCACUCAUUGGUCUUCCGUAUUACGUUUGCGCCUUUAGUAUGUUCGAUCUACAGGUGCGAUUCGUCCUACGACAUUGGCACGGCGAGAGGCAGUUCCCCGCGCGAGCGGAUAUGCUGCGUUCCGAGGCGGAGGAAGUGGCGAGACGCGCCGAGAGAGGUCUGCAGAAGAGACACUUUCACAUGAUGGGCCCCGAGCAAGGUCACUAUUACGAUGACCUAGCGAAUGUCGCGGGUGUCACGCCACUACCACCCGUGUUGACGAAGCUUCACAAUGAGAGCAGCAUGCGCUUCAUGGACGAUUUGGUGCACUAUCGGCAGGACCGCUACAAGAUCCUUGACGAUUACAAUUACGUUCAGCUCUAACGCUGGGACGACAUGCGUGGUUUUAUCUAUAAACAAACAGUUUUCCAUUUUGAAAUUUGUAUUUUAUUCGAGAGUAUAAUUGUAUUCAAAACUGUAAAAGAAAUGUUCAUACCUAUCCUUGUUUGCAUAUCGAUUUCUUUUGCUUUCUUUCUUUUCGUUAUUUGAGUUGAGUAAUUACCUCUUUAUAUCGAGCUGAGCGAUUAUUUUCGUGUGUAUAUCUCUGAUUUUGUUAUAAUUAGUUGAGAUUCUUCCUCAAAAUUACUGUUUUUAAGUACUUUUUAAGAACUUUUUCUGAAACUAAAUUUUAAUUACAUAAAUACUUAUAUAAAAGAUAUCAAUAUCGCUCUCGUAAAAUAUGAGAAGAAUACGCGUGGAGAGAGAAUGUUUCAUGUAUCUUUGGUCUUACACAUAAUGGAGAAAAUAUUAAAAACAGGAAUAAAUAUUAAAAUUUAAAUUAUAAAAUUUUGGAAAUAAAAAUUAAGAAUAAAGAUAAACAUAAUGUACAAUGGACACAGAGCUACAUCUUUUAUCUGUGUUCAUUGUGCGUUACGUUUAAUUUUCAUUU